AAAACCCAAACCCAAUUACCCACUAUGGAAAAACCCCAAACCGGUUCUCAUUGACCCCGCUUUCUUCAUCAUCUCAGAUCUCUCUCUCUUUCUAUCUCUCUUCCUCUUUCUAUAUCUACAUACAAGAAUCUUUCUUCCUUUGUAUGUACAUACAUGUAGAUUAGGGUUUCGUUUGAUUAAUAUACUCGAGAAAAAUAAAACCCCCAAAAAAAGUCUCUUCUUCAUUCUUCUUCUGGUUCGGCAAUUAAUGGGGGUCAAGAUCUCCGAAAUUUAACUUCUGGGUUGCUUCAGAUUUCCUGAUUUGUUAGCAGUUUGUGAACUUUUCCUUUCUUUGUUCUCAAAAAAGAGUACAAAUUGCAAUGACGGUGGGCUCUGAGAGCGCAGCUGAGACUUCACCGACGUCAAUGGAGGCGCCGCCGCCGAAGAAAUACGGAGUUACAAAGCCUUUGUCUCUGGCUGGGCCAUCCGAGGCAGAUCUUCAGAGAAGCGCAGCACUCGAAAAGUUCUUGAGGGAUUCAGGGUUGUACGAGAGUGAUGAAGAAACUGCUAAGAGAGAGCAGGUGCUGCGCCAGCUUGAUCAGAUUGUGAAGCUCUGGGUGAAGAAAUUGACCCGUCAGAGAGGUUACUCAGAUCAAAUGGUGGAAGAUGCAAAUGCUGUUAUAUUGACUUUUGGCUCCUACCAGUUAGGGGUUCAUGGGCCAGGAGCUGACAUUGACACAUUGUGCAUUGGGCCAUCUUAUAUUAAUCGAGAUGAAGAUUUUUUCAUUAUUCUGCGUGAUAUUUUAGUUGAAAUGGAAGAAGUUAGUGAACUUCAACCUGUUCCUGAUGCUCAUGUCCCUGUUAUGAAAUUCAAAUUUCAAGGGAUAUCAAUUGACCUUCUUUAUGCAAGUAUCUCUCUACUAGUCGUCCCAGAAGUAAGUUUGAACAAAUGUGUUGAUGUUUAGUUCCUUAAAUAUUCCAU